AUGUUCUUCCCCGUGUUGAUGAUGUGCAGCCUGCUCAACUCCGCCCUGUCCUUUGACCUGGGCCAGUCGACCCGCUGCGUGAGCAUCCCUCCAGAGAUGAGCGUCUGCCACGAUGUGGGGUACUCCGAGAUGAGGCUGCCCAACUUCCUGGGGCACACCAGCCUGGAGAACGAGGUCAUCCCCAAAUCUGAGGACUGGAGACCCCUGCUGCAGACCGGCUGCCACCCUCAGGCCAGGACCUUCGUGUGCUCCCUCAUCGCUCCAGUCUGCCUUGACACCUUUAUCCAGCCCUGUCGCAGCAUGUGUGUGGCAGUGAGGGACAGCUGUGCCCCGCUGCUGGCCUGUCAGGGUCAGGCCUGGCCCGAGGCUCUGGACUGUGAGCGCUUCCCUGCUGAAGAGGACACGUGUCUCAGCCCGGUCUUCAAGGAGACGGCACACUUCGACAAAGUUAUGCCCAAACCAACCUGCCAGGGAUGCCCGGCCGUGGAGGAGGCCUUUGCCUAUAAAAGAGUGCUGGAUGCUUUCUGCCAAAACGAUUUCGCAGUGAAAGUGAAAGUGACCCGACGGCGCUUCCCCUCCGAGGAGCCCGAGGUUGAGAUCGAGGGGCGUGUGGAGUUCAUCAGCCAGGGCCAGCUCCUGCCCUACGACACGCGCAGCCUUCUCCAGCAGUGGAUGCUGAUCAAUGAGAGCUGCGGGCAGAGGCUGACGCGGAGCGGGCGCUCCCUGCUCUACGUGCUGACCGGGGAUGUGCAGGCCGACGGCACGGUGUCCGUCAAGCGCAUCUUCCAGUGGCACAAGAGAGACACACAGCUCACCCUGGCUGUGCGCAAGUGGAGGCACCACAAGUGCUGA